UGACAGUGGAGUCAGCCAUGUGCUACGUGCUACGUUUCGUGCAGAUGUGUCCUAACAGUUCAGUUUUGUUUCUAAGGUGAUAAUGGGAAAACUUACAGCAUUCUGAUAUUACCAUGGCAAUUAUCUGCCCUAUCGACAUUUCAGACACGUUCACGCGUCGACGAUGUCACUCUUUAAAACUUACAAAAAGAUUAUGUUUGCAAUUCAGGUAAUAAUCUUAGUUACUCAACUCUGUGUUGUUAAAGCAGUCUCCAGUGAUAUCGGCCCUGAUACUGUACUUUACCAGCUCUUUACCAGAAAAAAUAUAAAUGAGGCCUACAUUCUACAACUAAACAAUGUUUCAUUACUAGAACAAUCAAAUUAUAACAAAAGUCUUCCAACUAAAAUAUUUGCACAUGGCUGGGGUGGUUUUCCAGACCAAGGAUAUUUGUCUAAAGAUGAAUACCUACUCCAGGAGGACUGUAAUUUUAUUUCAGUGGACUGGUCUGUUCUAGCUGAAGGUGACCAUGAAACUGUUUCCUUAAUCAAUGUACCCAUAGCUGGAGCUGCAACUGGGGCAUUUGUAGAUUUCCUCGUUAGUCAAGGAACACCGCUUUUAGCGUUUCACUUGAUCGGAUUCAGCAUGGGGGCUCAUGUAGUUGGAAACGCUGGAGCAGCAAUAACCUCUGGAAUAUUGCCAAGAAUCACUGGUUUGGAUCCGGCAUCAGAUGAUUUCCCACUUGAUGCAAUUGAUAAUCGGCUAGAUACAACAGACGCUGUUUUCGUCGACAUCAUUCAUACCUACGUCGCCUUUGUGAAUAUGACUGGACAUGCAGAUUUCUAUCCGAAUGGUGGUCUAUUUCAAGCUGGAUGUCCAGUACCUGACACUGAAUGUUGCAAUCAUUGUCGCGUCGUGGACCUUUAUACGGAAUCUAUCAACAGCCCGUUAGGUUUCAAUGCGUUUCGGUGUGAUUUGUGGGAAAAUUAUGAGAAUGGAGAUUGCCAAGAAAACGUCAGUACGUUAAUGGGCGAACCAGUUUCAGUGAACUACUGUUAUUCGGUAUAAAAUAAUCGCGCUCAUCACGUCAAUUGUAGUGUCCGAGGAUCGUUCUUUUUAGCAACAAAUAGUGAAUCGCCGUUUGCCCAAGGAUGAUUCUUAAUGUCAACUGAAAACUUCUUUUUCUCACCUCCAAUGUUUUAUUGACCGAAGUAGCAUUAAUAUGUUAUACAGAGUAAAUCGUAUAUCGUAGUAAUUUUUACCCAGACAACUGAAGCCAUUAUGUAAAAUUAUGGGUUCUUAAAAAUGCAUUUAGCUUUUGGAGAGGUAAAAGAAUCAUAUGAACAAGUUAUUCAUUACUACAGGUACGUUACAAAAAUGUAGAAAUUAUAGUGUGAAGAGAAAUGAGAAAAAUGCCGUUCAGCAAUCACUUGUAGGCUUAUACGGGUAAUAUAUCGUCGGUUACAAUAACCAAA